AUGUCACCAUUUAUGAAGUUCUUUCUCUUUCUUUAUGAUUCUCUCCAACCUUCCUCUUGGUUUCUGGUCCAAAGACACAACUUGGCAUCAUCAUCAGUUACAGAUGGAGUUACUAGAAGUGGCAUUGUUGAAGAAAUUGUAUACAUUUGGAAGCAGACAAGAAUCUUUUUCUUUAUACCAAUCUUGAAAUUCUUAGUGACAUUAUGUCUGGUUAUGUCAUUUUUGCUGUUCAUAGAGAGAGUUUAUAUGAGCAUAGUUGUAGUGUUUGUGAAAGUACUUAGAAGAACACCUGAGAAGGUACACAAAUGGGAAGCUAUUAAAGAUGAUGAUCUUGAGCUAGCCAACUUAAAUUACCCAAUGGUUCUCAUUCAGAUCCCAAUGUACAAUGAAAAGGAGGUUUGUCAGUUAUCUAUAGGAGCAGCUUGCAGGCUAUCAUGGCCAUUGGAUCGAAUGAUAGUUCAAGUUCUCGAUGAUUCCACAGAUCCAGCUAGUAAGGAAUUAGUGAAUGCAGAAUGCGAAAAAUGGGCAAGAAAAGGUAUAAACAUCAUGUCAGAGAUUAGAGACAACAGGAUUGGAUACAAAGCAGGAGCGUUAAAGGCAGGAAUGGUGCACAGCUAUGUGAAACUAUGCGAGUUUGUGGCCAUUUUCGACGCUGAUUUCCAGCCUGACCCUGACUUCUUAGUUCGAACCAUUCCUUUUCUUAUUCAUAACCAUGAAAUCUCCCUCGUUCAAUGCCGUUGGAAGUUUGUGAAUGCGAACGAGUGCUUAAUGACGAGAAUGCAAGAGAUGUCACUAAACUACCAUUUCUUGGCUGAGCAAGAAUCAGGAUCUUCGAUUCAUGCUUUCUUUGGAUUCAAUGGAACCGCCGGUGUUUGGAGAAUCGCAGCUUUAAACGAAGCCGGAGGAUGGAAAGAUCGAACAACAGUAGAAGACAUGGAUUUAGCUGUUAGAGCUUGUCUUCAUGGUUGGAAAUUUGUCUAUGUCCAUGACGUCGGGGUGAAAAAUGAAUUGCCAAGCACAUUCAAAGCAUACAGGUUUCAGCAACAUAGAUGGUCAUGUGGACCAGCUAAUCUAUGGAGAAAGAUGACAAUGGAAAUUCUGCAGAACAAGAAAGUUUCAGCGUGGAAGAAGUUUUAUCUCAUAUACAAUUUCUUCUUCAUCAGGAAGAUUGUAGUACACAUCUUCACAUUUGUCUUCUACUGUCUCAUUUUACCAACAACUGUUCUGUUUCCUGAGCUCCAAGUUCCUAAAUGGGCAACUGUUUAUUUUCCUAGUACAAUCACUCUCCUUAACGCUCUCGCUACACCUCGAUCACUCCAUCUUCUUGUCUUUUGGAUCUUAUUCGAGAAUGUAAUGUCGAUGCAUCGCACAAAGGCGACAUUCAUCGGGUUACUAGAGGCAGGACGUGUUAACGAAUGGGUUGUUACUGAGAAAUUAGGAGACACUCUCAAGUCUAAGUUAAUAGCUAAAGCUACAACUAAGAUUUUUACCAGAUUUGGACAAAGAAUCAAUUGGAGGGAACUCGUUGUUGGAUUAUAUAUUUUCUUCUGCGGAUGUUACGAUUUGGCAUAUGGAGCAUCAUACUUCUAUGUAUAUCUCUUUUUACAGGCUUGUGCAUUCUUUGUUGCUGGAGUUGGUUAUAUUGGCACUAUUGUUCCCACCGAUUAG